ACUGAGCAUUCGAAGAAGAAUCUGGCGCAGCUGCAAUUUGAGACGGAUUCUUCUCACAAAACACUGUCAAGAAAGGAUCUCCUCUGAUCUGACAGGCUUUCAAAGCGUUUAUCUUAAUUUCUUUUGAUUUCGUUUUAUAUACAAAAAUAACACGUGGAAAUCCUAUAUUUUAAAUAGCAGCGUAAAAGCCUUUAAAGAUGGCGACAGCGGACGGCUCUCGCUACUAUAAUGAGCACGAUGACCGUGUCGGUGGACCAAAGCAUCGCAAUCGUAAAGGCAGAGGCCCUUUCAGAGCCCCCUUGUACAGCGAUCAGAUUUCUCGGCCAAGGCAGCGAGGCGGUUACAGUGGGGGUGGUGGUGGUGGUGGAGGUGGAGGAGGUGGCGGCCCUGGUCCCCGGUCGAGACUGCAUGAUGAUGAUGGAGAUGUGGACAUGAUAGAAGGUCCUCAUGACAGCGGUUCCCGGGGCAGAUACAAUCCUUAUGGCCGGCCACAGAAUCGCCGUGAGGAACGCAAUCGCAAAGGUGGACGAGGUGGCGGCGGAGGUGGAAAUGAAGAUAGAGGUGGCAAUCGAUAUGGAGGCAGAGGAGGUGGUGGUGGUACUGAUGGAAGUCGCAAGAACUGGUUUAAAAUGACUAUUCCUUUCGGGAAGAAAUACGACAAAGAUUGGCUUCUGACUUCACUUCAGAACGUAUGUUCUAUGCCAUUCCAUGCAGUUCAGUAUCACACUGAGGGCAACAAGGCCCAGUUUUAUAUUGAAGACUCCACUACUGCUAAUGCCUUGUUUAAAGUGUCACGGAAAAUAUCAGACAAAGAAGGAUAUAAGGUGACUGUUGUUAUGAACCCCUGCCCACCACCCACUUUGAUUUACACUGAUCUGAAGACCACGGAUCUGGAGCAUUUGAAGCAAUGCAUGGCCAAACGCUUUGAUGGAUCACAGCAGGCUCUAGAUCUGAACAACAUCAGAGUCGAUCCAGAUUUGGUUUCUCAAAAUAUUGAGGUCACUUUAAAUAGGAGGAACUCCAUGCUGGGAGUUAUCAAAAUAAUUGAGGAGAACAUUCCUGAGCUGGUUUGUCUCAACCUGAGUAACAACCGGUUAUACAGGCUGGAUGACUUGGCAGAAAUUGUCAACAAGGUUCCCAACCUGAAGAUUCUCAAUCUGUCACACAAUGAGCUGAAGACAGAGAGAGAACUUGAUAAACUGAGAGAUCUGAAGCUGGUGGAUCUCUCAUUGGAGGGAAAUCCUCUGUGUGGCCACUUCAAGAUCCAGGCCGACUAUGUCAGUGCCAUACGGGAACGAUUCCCCAAGCUGCUCAAACUGGAUGGACACGACCUUCCGCCUCCCAUUGGUUUUGAUUUAGAGGUCGCUCCUGCGACUCUUCCUCCAUGCAAGCCUAGCUACUUCUUCUCUGAAGACAUCAAGAACAUCAUCCACUGCUUCCUGCAACAGUAUUACAGCAUAUAUGACUCGGGAAACAGACAGCCCCUGCUGGACGGCUACCAUGACGGAGCAACUUUCUCCCUCAGCAUUCCCUUCAUCAUACAGAACCCUUCAAAAAGUAGUUUAGGGGAAUACCAGAAAGACAGUCGCAAUAUCAAGCGCAUGAAAGACCCCACUACACGGUUUCGUUUGAUUAAACACACACGAUUAAAUGUGGUGGCUUUCCUGAACGAACUCCCCAAAACCCAGCACGACAUCGCCUCCUUUAUUGUAGAUGUCAACACCUACACAGCUACACUGUUGGCAUUUACAGUCAGUGGAGUUUUCAAAGAAAUGGACGGUAAAUCCCGAGAAUCAUAUAGAGCCUUCUCUCGAGUAUUCAUUGCUGUUCCUGCUGGAAUUGGUCUGUGCAUUGUGAAUGACGAGCUGUUCGUUCGAAACGCCACUACAGAGGAAAUUCGCCGUGCAUUCGUUGCUCCCGCCCCCACACCGUCCAGCAGCCCCGUGCCCACUCUGUCCGCCCCCCAACAAGAAAUGCUUGCUGCCUUCUCCCAAAAGUCUGGCAUGAACCUAGAAUGGUCUCAAAAGUGCCUACAAGACAAUGAUUGGGAUUUUGACAGAGCUGCUCAGAUCUUCACCGGCCUUAAGGCACAAGGAAAGAUCCCAGAUGUUGCAUUUGUCAAAUGAGGAGUUAUUGCUGGGGAUUUUAUGGAAACUCUGAACCACAAGGUGCCUUCCUAAUUCUGUCCUCCCAUCUAAAAUAAAAUCUGUCAUUAUUAUUUUUUUGGUCUUAUUUUAUUUUCCCUGUAAUUUUUUUUGUCUAAAAGUUAUCCACAAGAAUUAAAAAAUAUAAUGGAAAUAAAAGGUUUACAGAGCAAACAUUUAAGACAAAAAGAAGAAAAAAAAUAAAGAGAAAGAGGGGGGAAACUCAGGAAGGCACCAAGACCAAUUUCUUUCCACUUUUUCUUUGUGAAUACCUACCCUCCCCCAAACCAACUUUGUGGUUCAAGUUUUCUGCAAGUUUUAACUAUUGUCAUGUUCAAUAUAGGACAGAUAUGGCAAAUAAAGUAUGUGUUCAUUGUUUGUUGUGUUUUGUAAAAUAAAUAUUAACUAUGAUCUUA